GGCAUUUGGCGGUCAGUCCUCUGUGCGGUCAAGCGAGAGAGGACGAGACCAAAGGGGAGGCUCAAGUCAAGGGAUGAGCUGAACUGGCCACACGGGCCUCUCGCCUGACGCUCCUGGGCGGCUGCCCGUCAGCCGAGAGCUCUGGCUCGCUUGGCCGGCUUGGGUCCGUGGCGGCAGCUCUGGGAGGAGACGGGUCUGUCAGUACUUUUCUCCAUCCUUUGUGCUCCCCUUUUAAAAGCCUCCGGAGCAACCGCUGGGUCCUUGCCCCGGAAGGAAAAGAAAAAGCAUUUCCGUCGUUCUCGUCAAUGACUCCGACCAUAACGGCCCCUUGUCCCCAAGUCCCGGGGAGCAUUCGGUGGAAUUGUCCCGGCUGAUUGUCCGUUAUUCAAGUUUGGUGGAACAGAGAGGAUACAUGAAGAAAGUGAAGAGUUUUCCAAGUGAGGAAAAAGACAGAUGUGGUUCUUUAUGAGAAAUAUCGGUAGUCCAUGAGAGCUAUAGUCCAUUUGGAAAUGGUGCAGUCCUAAAAGGAAGGAAAAAGAAAAAAGAAUGAAACACAUACUGGAGAGAAGCCAUAUUAAUAUAGAAAAUAUGGGAGAGCCUUCCCUAUUUCAUCAGACCUUGCAGCAAACAUGAGAACUCACACUGCCUUACCCUGGCGUGAGAGUUCUCCUCGAAUGAUCCAGAAGCUGGAGCCUCAGAACCCGUCCCCCAAGGCUCUAGACCGGAAGCAGAGGCUCUCAUCCGCGGGUUGUGUGAUCUCUUCUGGAGCUGCAGCUUAUCCUUUGGUGUCCAGUCCAGCCAGGCUCAAGCCCAGGUUGCGACCGUGGGUCUGGGAGCACCGUUCCAGAAUGAGGAAGGUCAAGGUAGGUCUGUUUGCUCAGAACCCUGCCUGGCCAGGAAGGAGACACAUCAGAAGAAUGGCUGCAGGAUUGCUGACAACCUGGUCACAGGAUUCAGUGACCUUCGAGGAAGUGACAGUAGACUUCUCCCAGGAGGAGUGGGCCUUGCUGGACCCUGCUCAGAAAAUCCUGUACAGAGAUGUGAUGCUGGAGAACUUUAGGAACCUGGCCUCUCUGGCAGGGUAUCAACUCUGCAAGCACAGCCUGAUCACUGAGAUGGAGCAGGAAGAGCAGAAGCCAGAGGGGAGAGGAAUUCUCCAAGGUGCUGGCACAGACUGGGAAACUCAACUUAAAUCAAAAGAUGCAAUUCUUAUGCAGAGUGUUCCUGGGGAAAAAACUUCCAAGAGCAUGAAAAUGGUACCAGCUCAACCUCAUGAGAAACCCUUGGGAUUUAAUCACUGUGGAAAAUUCUUCAGAAAGAACUGUCACCUUAUUUGUACAAGAUUUUGCAAGGGAGAGAAAUGCUACAAAUAUAAGGAAUAUGGGCAAGACUUUGGCCAUUUCUCAACUCUUAGGAGUCAUGUGAGCACUCACACUGGAGAAAACAAUCUUGAAUUUAGUGACUGUGGAAUUACUUUCAAUCAAGAGUCGUCCUUCAGGAAACACUUAACUCUCACAGGAGAGAAAUCUUCUGAGUAUAAUCAACACCUUAUGUCCUUCAGCUUACACUCUUCCUUUUUAGCACACGGACAAAUACCUACUGGAGAGAAACUCUGUGAAUACAGUGACUAUGGAAAAAGAUCUUCCCUUGGUGUCCAAAAAAAAAUGUAUGCUGUGGAGGAAUGCUCAAAAUGUAAUGAACAUGGGGAAGUUUUCACUGGCCCUUUGUCCCUUCAGAUAUGUGUGAGACCUCACACUGGAGAGAAACCUUAUGAAUGUGGUGAUUGUGGGAAAGCUUUUGUUUUUCAGUCUUCCCUUAAGAAACAUGUGAGAUCACACACUGGAGAGAAACCUUACAAGUGUAAUCAUUGCGGAAAAUCCUUCAGCCAGAGCUCUCAUCUCAAUGUUCACAAAAGAACUCAUACUGGAGAGAAACCCUAUGAUUGUAAGGAGUGUGGCAAGGCUUUCACUGUUCCUUCAUCCCUUCAGAAACAUAUGAGAACCCACACUGGAGAGAAACCCUAUGAAUGCAGUGACUGUGGGAAAGCCUUUAUUGACCAGUCAUCCCUUAAGAAACACAGACGAUCUCACACUGGAGAGAAACCUUAUGAGUGUAAUCAAUGUGGAAAGUCCUUCAGCACAGGCUCUUAUCUUAUUGUACACAAGAGAACUCACACUGGAGAGAAAACCUAUGAGUGUAAAGAAUGUGGGAAGGCCUUUAGGAAUUCCUCUUGCCUAAGGGUACACAUAAGAACUCACACAGGAGAGAAGCCCUAUAAAUGUAUUCAAUGUGGAAAAGCUUUCAGCACCAGCACUAACCUUAUAAUGCACAAACGAAUACAUACUGGGUAGAAACUCUUAUGAAUGAAAUGACUAUAAGAUAGCUUUAAGGGGUGCUUCAUACCUCACUCCUCCUUUUAGAGCUCGCUCUGGAGAGAAACCCUAUUGUGACCAAUGUAGAAAACCUUCAGGUACAAAUCUUGAGCUAUGUUAUACUGGGACCAACCUUAAAAAUGUUAUGGUUCUGUGACUGUAUUUAUCAGUGAGUGUUUAAUUUUUAAAGUGUGACAACUUGUUAACUGAUGAGUAUUAAAGGUUAUCUAGCACUCCAAAUUCCCCUUGAUUUACAUCACAAAAGUUUUGAUAUCAGAGUUCCCGUCAUGGCUCAGUGGUUAACGAAUCCGACUAGGAACCAUGAGGUUGCAGGUUUGAUCCCUGGCCUUGCUCAGUGGGUUAAGGAUCUGGCAUUGCCGUGAGCUGUGGUGUAGGUUACAGAUGUGGCUCAGAUCCUGUGUUGCUUUGGCUCUGGUGUAGGCCGGUGGCUAUAGCUCUGAUUCGACCCCUAGCCUGGGAACCUCCAUGUGCUGUGGGAGCGGCCCAAGAAAUGGCAAAAAGACAAAAAAAAAAGUUUUGAUAUAUAAUAUUUGUAUUGUAUGUAAGUACUAAAUCCGUCCAUUUCUUAUCGAGAUGUCUUGGACUGAACUACAGGCGAUUUAGAAAUAUAUUUUUUAAUGUGCAGACUCUGCAUAUUUUAGCUAUCUUUUAUAGAUUUCUAAUUUAAUUGCCUUAUGCACAGAAUGCAUGAUCUUCAUGAUACAGAUUCUAUAUGAUAUACAGUCAAACAGAGACUUGCUAUGUGGCCUAAUACGUGAGAUACAGGAAGUUGCUAUCCCCGUAUCCAUUCCUCCCUUCCUUCCUUCAAAUAACAAAACCGAAAUUGUGUUCAAGUUGGCAGUGGGAACAGUUUUUAAGAACUCACCUCCUAGCUUUCCUUGAAGCUGUGAGUGCCCAUGAGCCCACAGUCCCAGCCAAUGAGAAAGAGGCAGAGGUCACUGCUUAUACACUCUAAAGAAUUCCAUGGAAAUGGAAACAUCACAUCUGGCAUUUUCUCUUUACCACUUGCCCUUUAUCUCUUCUUUUUUUUCUAAAGAAUAGACCAGUAAGAUGACAGUCGUAGACUACUGAUCAUAUAAUAGGGACAUAUGCUAUUACUUGGCUAUAUACAAGCAACUAUGGGUUGCUUACUCCUGGACUUCAUGUAACAUGAAAAAUAAAUUCCCAACUGGUUUAAACAACUCUUGUAAGAAGAGUCUGUUACAGUGGAUUUCAAUCUCGACUGAUACAUCUCAUAUAUGGUCAAAUGUUUAAAAAUCCUUCAAAUAUAGCUGAAAAGAAUGUAUAUUUUAUAAUUGAUGGGUAUAAUAGAUUUUCCCUAUAUCUGAUGUAUAAAUCUUCCUGUGUUUUUAAAAUCUGUGUCAUUAUAAACCUUAUCUCCUGGUCUGCCCUUUAUUGAGAGAGUAUGUUAAAAUGCUCCAGUAUGACUGUGGGUGGUCUGAUUGGCUUUUAAAUUCUCUUUUGUUCUGAGGCAAUAUAACUGGAUGCAUAUAAAUGUCAUUUUUUUAAAAUUUUCUGGUAAAUUGUCCUUUCAGUCUUAAAUAGCAUCCAUCCUUGUCCCUUAAUAAUGAAUGUUCAUUAAUUCACUUGAUAUAAAUGUGAUUUUUUUUUGUCCUGAUUUUUCAGGACAAGCAGAAACAAUUUACUUCUUGUCAGUACCAUGUUAUUAUGUUCCCUGCAGCAACCAAGAGAGAUCUCCUCCUCCACCAUACCCCUCAUGGGAUACAGAGAUCAGGAGGAUCCCAAUAGCUGUCACUCCCAAUAAGCCAUGUGGGGAGUUUGUGGUCCAGGUCUCCAAACUUCUGGCCACUGCAGGUUGGAAGGUCUUGACACCUAAAAAGAGAGCACUUCCAGAGACAUAGUCCCAUUGGACUUCAGCCUAUGCUACUGCCUGACAUUUCAACUUCUUCAUGUCAAGAACAGGAGUCACCCUCCAGGCAGGGUAAUUUGACCCUGGUGAUCACUGUCACUGUGUGACCAUGGCAGUGGGCAGGCACUGGUACCUGCUGUGCUCAGUCUGUGGCUGGGCGCAGGAGUAACGUCAGGGCAAACACAGUGGUGGAACCAGAUGGCUCUGGGUCAGCUAUGCUCCCACAGCUAGAGAUCUGAGAGCUGUGACCUUGGUUAAAGCAGCUUCCUUUACCUGAGGGCAAUUUUCAAAGUGAAGGCUUAGUGCUGUUAGAUGGAUGAACUCUAUAAACCUGGAAAAACAAGACUUUAAUUCUGAAAGGAGAAGGGGGCAACACAGCACAGUAUUCAAUACAAUCCACUCCAAAGGCUGUUUGGAUUGUGAUCUGCAACAACAUGGAGUGUGUCCCGAGAGAACUUAUUUGGGAUGUAUGGGGGUCACAAGUUGGGAAAAGCUUUCCUUAGGAAGUGAGGGCCAAACCAAGAACUGAAGCAUCGUAAGUAAGUCUCAGCCAAGCAUAAUCUUGUUUUUCUGACCUGCUUCUCUAUAAAGACUCAACUCUCUCUACUACCACUGGUAUUAAAAGGGAACACUGGGAGUUUCCAUUAAGGCUCAGCAGGUUAAGAACCCAACUAGUAUACAUGAAGAUGUGGGUUCGAUCUGUGGCUUCUCUCGGUGAGUUAAGGAUCUAGUAUUGCCACAAGCUGCAUCAUAGAUCAGAGAUGGGGCUCAGAUCCUGCAUUGCUGUGGCUGUGGCAUAGGCUGGCAGCUGCAGCUCUGAUUCAAGCCUGGUAACUUCUAUAUACAUAGGUGUGCCCCUAAAAAAAAAAAAAGAAAAGAAAAAAAGAAAGAAAACUAAACAAAACAAAAGAUGGGACACUUGACCAAUACAUAACACUGUCAGGUGGAAAUUAUUAUUGGAAUGUUUCACAGGCACCUCAGACUGAACCUUUCAAAGUCAAGCUAAUAUUUUUUCUUCUUUCCUUCCUUCUUCUCCAAACAUGUUAUAUCAGAGAGGAUAACACCAUAGAGAACAUGAAGAGAUCCACAUGUGGAACUGUCCUGAAUGGUUAAGUAAUUAUAACACUAUAUUAAAAUUUUUUCCUAAUUAAUGUUUACCAUUUUUACGGUACUUACCAUGAAGUCUAUUUUUACCAUGUAUUUAUAUAUUAUUCUCAUUUCUUUCUCCCACAGAAUGUACCCUCUAUGAGAUUUGGGCCUUUAUUUCAUUCUAACCUUUAUACCAGUGCCUAGAAGAUAACAGUUAAUAAGUAUUUAAGGGCAGGAGUCAGUUCAACACACCAUUUCUAUUAUUAGAAUAAAUAAAUAGAAAUCACACCAUUUCUUUUAUUGGAAUAAAUCUGUUCCAACUUAUGGGGAAAAAAUAAAAAGGAAACAAAAAAAUGAACUUUGGAGCACUGAAAGUCU